AUGAAUUUAUCAAAACAAUAAGAAGAUAUUCCUAUGAUUUAAAAAGGGAUUUAACUCUCUAAAUAAGAGAAAGUAAGUGAAUUGAGAUAUGAAAUAAUUAGAUUUAUCAUUUUGAUAUGUUAUCUUGGGCUUCUGCAGGUGCUACAUUAGUUUCUAUAUGGCAAAUAAUAAUUCCAUUUACACUUUUUUCGUUGAAUAAACCAUAAAUGAUAUUGGGAAUCACGAGUAUAUUUUUACUUUUGGUGAGUUUAGUGGUUUUGUAUUGGAGUCAUCAGGGAUAUAAUUUUUAUAAGAAAGUAAUUCAUAAAAUUUAAAAUCAUAGGAUAAAAAAGAUGAGUAAAUGCCAUUAUAAGCUUGGCACAUAGAGGGUUUAAUUUACGUUAUAAGUUUUAUGUUAAUAGCAUUAUAUGCUAGUUGUUUUUUUGGUAUUCUUGAGAAUGAAGGAUAUUCAUGGGCUUUAAUGGCUGCUGAAGGAGUACAAGUAAAUACAGCUUAAAAAGAAGCUUUCAUAAUAGUGUUAUCUUAGUUGAUACUAAUUAUAGUGGAUUUAGUGCUUUUAGCAUAUUAUGCAAAAGUUUCAUACCAUCUAGAAUUUCAGCCAAUGCAUUUGCCUUCUUUAUUAGGUUGGUUUUUAACAAUGUAAGAUUAUAUAAUAAAUGAAAGAUUUAUCUUUAUGUGUUGUAUUACAAUAGGAGAUACAAAUUAUUUACCAUCAAAAUUAGGUGGUUUAGUAGAUAAGGAAAGUAUGGAAAAAGCAAAAGGAGCACAUACUUCAAUAUUUUGGACUUGUUUAAUUGGUUUGAUAUUUUCUUUGUUUACUUUGUUUGAAUAAAGAUCAAUCUAACAAGAAGUAUUUCCUAAAGUGAAAUUCUAUUUUUUACCUUUUCUUUUGAUAAUGGUUGCUAGUGUAUUUUUGAUUUCAAAUUCAUUAAAUUUUUUAUAUGCUUCAAGUCAAUCUAUUUAAGAAUUAAAAAAGGAUUGUAAAUCAACAAUAUAAACAUUCUCAUAGUCAUAUAUAGAUUCUAUAGGAUGUCCAGCUAAAUAUAAGACAGUAAAUAUUUAAGGUAGUAAUUAUUUCGAUAUGUAUUGUUCAUAAGAGGAAGUAGGAAUAGUAUGGGAAUAUGAAGUUGAUAAAUAGAAUUCAGAAAAACGAAAUUAAUUAGCUUGCAUGAAUUUAUCUUGUUGUUAUUUAGUUAGUGAAGAAAGAACUUUAUUUUAUAAACAAUAUUUUUUCUAUUCUAUUUUGACAGCAUUUUUAGGAUUUAUUGCAGCUGGUCAUUGUUUUGAUAUAGCAUUAUAAGAACCGAAUGUAAUAAAAGCUGGACCAUCUGUUUAUUCUUAAACUUAAUAUAUAGUGUAGAUUGUUUUAGCAUUAUUUUCAAUAAUACUUGGUAUUUAUUUAUCUAUUAAAUACAAUUAAAAAGUACCAAUAAAAAUGCCAGAUUUUAAUUUUAAAGAUUAAAUCAAUUUAGAACCUAAAUAUUUUCCUGAAUUAACAACAUUAUCAUCUAUUUCAUAAUGUUAAGAAGUGAGAGAUUAACAUAAUAAAUCAUUUAAAGUUCAUUUUGAUCAUAAUGCAUGUGCAGGUUAAGCUAAAUGUUCUAGAAUGGGAUUUCAUGCUUGUUUAGAAGUAUAAAAUGGAAUAUUUUAAUUGCUUCCUACUUUUUAAGAUAAAGAAAUAGCAAUAUUUGGUAGUCAUGCUUAUGAUCCAUAUAUAUUAUAAUAAGGAUUACAUGGAGAAGAGACUACAGGUAAAUUAUGUUUUGAAGGUUUGGAAGGACCUAUAAAUCAUUUAUUAAAUUCAAAAGUGUAUGUUUGUCAUGGAUAAGAUAAAGAAGCUAUUGUUAAAUUUUAAACGAAAGAAAAAGAAAUACUUUUUGAAUAAGUAAUUGAGUAUUAAGAAAAAGAUUUUGAUUAAAUUAGAACAAUAAAAUUAUCUCCACCAUCUCAUAAUAAAAAGAGUCAUAAAAAUAUUGAUGAGACCGGUGAAGAUGAAAUCUUAGGUUAAUACACAACAGUCACACUUAUAGUAACAGAUGCUGAAACAUUUGAACCUAUUAUUGGAGCUACUGUAACAAUGUAUCAAGAUAUUAAUAAAUGUUAAGAAUUAAAUCAUAAUGUUUAUUAUCCUAUAAGAAUAGCAUAAACUAAUUCUACAGGAAUGAUUAGCAUAUAUAAUGUUUAGAUGAAAGAUAAAAGAUAAAUCUUUAAUUUCUUAGUUAAAUAAGAUGGAUAUAUGUUUAACUGUUUAAUUGUACUCUCAAUAAAUAUAUAUAUAGUCUGAUCACUUAAAGCCAUUCAAAUAAAAUGUAUUCCGAAUUCCACUUGCGAAAUCGAUUACUGAUUAAUAAGAAAUGAAGAUUAUACUGUGGCAUUAAAAUCCAAAACUAAAUCUAGAAUUAGCUUCCAAUAUUCUCCUAAAUAAGAAUUAAUAAUGUAGUAUUGGUUUCUUCUUUUCAGAAUGUUCUUUUAUGAAAUUUACUUCUCAUCCAAAAAGUAAAAAUUAAAUAUCAAGAGUCAUUACUAUAGAAAAGAUUGUCAAAUUUAAUUACAUCUUCUUUGUUCGUCAUAUUCCAAUUAAUUCUGAUAUAAUUGAAGUUGUUAAUAACAAAGGAUUAUCAUUAGUAGCUAAAUUAUAAGCAGAAUUACAAUAAGAAAUUGCAGAGUUUUCAAAAUCUUAACCAAAAAUUUCAAUUUAUUCUAAAAAGUAUCCUUAUCCAUAAAUUUAUGAAAUGCCACAUAAUCUAUAAACUGAAAUUGAUACUACUCCUGAUUUACUUAUUUGGUUAUCCUUCUGUAUGAAUGGUAGAAUAGGACCUGAAUCUAGUACACCUAUUAAUCACUUUUGGGAAAAGAAAGAUGAAUCAAAGUUUUGGUAAAGACAUACUGUCUAAACAAAUACUAUGCCAGAUUCUUCCAUUUGUGACAAAAUGUAUAAAUAACAAUAAUGA